AUGGCUUUGACAAACCAGAUGAACAUGCCCAUGGGACCAUGGAAGAUCACCGUUUAUGACCAGGAGUACUUCCAGGGCAGAUGGUGGGAGUUCACCUCCUGCUGCAAGAACGUUAUGGAGUACGGCUUGGAGAAUGUUCGCUCCUUGAAGGUGGAAUGUGGAGCCUGGGUGGGUUAUGAGCAUACCAGCUUAAAUGGCCAACAGUUUGUCCUGGAGAAGGGAGACUACCCUUGCUUCGAGGCUUACAUGGGAAGUAAUGGCUACCGCGUUGAGAGGAUGAUGUCUUUCCGGCCCAUCUUUUCCGCUAACCACAAGGAGUCCCGCAUGUGUGUGUGGGACUGUGAGAACAUGAUGGGCAGACAGUGGGACCUGUGUGAUGACUACCCCUCCCUGCAGGCUAUGGGCUGGCACAACAAUGAGAUUGGCUCCAUGCAGGUCCAGAGUGGCGCCUGGGUGUGCUACCAGUACCCUGGUUAUCGUGGCUACCAGUAUAUCAUGGAGUGUGACUGCCACGGAGGCGAGUACAGACACUACAGGGAAUUUGGGACCCACGCCCACACCCCCCAGAUCCAGUCCAUCCGUAGGAUCCAGCACUGAGCAGAACCGUCUGUGUCCUUCCUCCCUCCAGUAUCCUCCUCCACCUCCAAUCUCUCCACCCCUCCGUAGCCAGCUUUGCAGGACCGGCCCAAUGCCCAGGACUGCUGGCUGACAAACUGGUGCUACAUCAAUGUAACAUGUCCAUAGCACUUUUUUAACCCAUCUCUUGAGGAAAGAAAGACAAAACUAGACAGAGGAAAUGACGAGCCAAGAAUGAAAUUUGACAAGCGAAAAUCCUGAAAGGUUCAGCGCUGCGGCCAGUCGGCUGCAGUGCUACGAGACGCCUGGGACGUUGCUCUUCUUUCAUUGCGGCCAUCAUUUGCGCUUGUCAUGGUCAACUUCUGUAUGAGACUUCAUGAAUAAAGAAAGCAAGCAAAAGAGCUAGAGACAGAACAAUGGAUUUCAGUGAAGCAUGUGUUGUGUGGUUCUUUUAUGGCCUCUAAAGUGAAUAGGUAAUGACUUCAAGCCCAUCAGAACUCAAUGAUCACUU